ACGGCAACCACGUCACGUGGCCUCGAUGGUGCUGGGUCGAUGUAACCUCACGAGGCUGGCGGGUUCGUGUCAACAAGUAUGGAGGUUCGAAGCCUCCAGUAAACCGCCAGUGUGGGUUCUCAGAUCAGUGGCCAAGAAGGCAAUGACCGCAACAGCAGCGCGGAACCCACAGCACAGCCUUCGCCGGCUCAGCACACAACCACGCGCGGGCGCCGGCGCCGGCGCCGGCGGCCGUAGACAACAGCGGUGGCCCGGCAGCAGCAACUCGGUGCGAAACGGCAACCCAGCGGCAGAAAGCGGAGAGGGUUUCCUGCAGGCGUUAGUGAAACGGCCGCCGCUCAGCGCACCGGCCCGCGGAGGAGCGUUUCGGGUGGUUAUCGUCGGGAGGCCCAACGUCGGGAAGUCGACGCUGUACAAUCGGCUGGCCACCCGGAACAGGGCUAUCGUCACGCCCAUCGCCGGCACGACUAGAGACCGAAAGGAGUCAACGGUGUCCCUGGGGGGUAUGACGUUCGAUUUCGCCGACACUGGUGGUCUGGAAGACGGUGCAGACGAGCCUUGGAAAGGCCCUCCAGGGACGCCUCAUCCCGGCAUGCCCCAAGUGGUACUGAAGAAGACCGAGGAGGCGAUCGAGGACAGCGACAUCGUGCUCUUCAUGGUUGAUGCUCGACAGGGGGUAACGGAGGCGGACCGCCACUACGCAAGGUGGGUGCGGAAGCGGCAGGGGCGGCACCGCGGGGUGUACAUCGUGGCCAACAAGACGGAGGGACAGCUGACGGAGCAGAUGUCCCAGACGCUAGAGGAGUGUGGCAGGCUGGGGUUCGGCGAACCGCUCGCGAUUUCGUCAUCGCAUGGGGACGGCAUGGCGGAUUUCGCAACUGCCCUAGUCCCUCACUACGAGGAAUGGGAAAAGGAGCAGGAGGCGGCAGCCGAGGCGGGGUUGGAGUCCAACCGUCCCCUAUCAGAGGAAGAAGAAGCGGAGGAGCCGGUUCAGCUGGCGCUGGUUGGCCGACCGAACGUCGGGAAGUCGUCGCUGCUUAAUGCGGUGCUGCGCGAGGACAGGGCGUUGACCGGACCGACGCCGGGGCUCACCCGCGACGCCGUGGCGGUGGAAUGGACUUGGGGAGGGAAGGCUGUCCGGCUGGUGGACACCGCUGGUAUUAGGAAAAGCGGCAGCCGCGACACUACCACCCCCCUCGAAGAGCUGGCGGUAAAAGAUUCCAUGAACGCCAUCCAUAAGGCCCAGGUGGUCGUGCUGGUCCUUGACGGCUCCGAAGGGAUGCUUCGAAAGACAGAGCUGUCUAUCGCCUCCAUGGUCGCGACGGAGGGUAGGGCGCUGGUCGUGGCCGCAAACAAGUCCGACCUUUCCGGGGUGUCCCCGGGAGAGUACGCGAAGGGAGUGAUCCGACAAGUGGAGGAUCUUAUGCCGGACGUUCGGGCACCACCGGUCUUGUCCGUGUGUGCUCUAGACGGCUCCGGCGUGGGGAGCCUGAUGCGAUCGGUCAUCAAGGCGCGGGAGCGGUGGCGAGCUCGCGUACCGACGGCCGUCCUGAACCGCUGGCUCCGCAAGAUCGUUUUCUUGCACCCGCCCCCCCGCGACAGCACGACGGGCGGGGCCUGCUCCCUCAAGUACCUCACCCAGGUCAAGAGGGGACCGCCGGAGUUCAGGGUGUUCGUGAACCAUCUCUCGAUCCCGGCGGAUUACCAACGAUACAUCACCAAAAACUUGCAGAAGGAGUUCGGGUUCCACGGCAUGCAGGUCCGCCUGUCCCUCAAGAAGUCCGUCAACGUCUACGACCCGGAGGGGAGGGGCGGCUCCGGCAAGGGCCGGCCUAAGCGCAAGUUCGGCAAGAAGGGAAGGUUGCUCCCUCUGCCCCCUUCUCCAACACGCUACCGACCAGGGUCGCACAAAUGA